AUCAGAAGUUUUUAACAAAUGGCGCCAUGCAUUUUCGGUGAGUUUAGAGAGCGAUUGUAAGUAUUGACAUAUAGAAUAGUUAUCAAUAAUACUUUCAAAUAAUAUACGCAAAACAAUCGAAGUAUGAACUAGUACAAUAAGAACUGUAUGUAUACAGUCUAAUACUAUGCAAGUGUAAAAAAAAAUAACCUGUAAACUAAUAAAAUUAUAGAAACAAUUUUCAUAAAUUAUUGACAUGAAAAUGAAUCAGCCAAUUAAGUAAGAGAAUAUUUGUUUGGUUAACAGUAACUAAAUUGAUUGCGAUAAAAUAUCUAUCAAAGACAAACUUCACUGUUACUAAAGCAACAAGUUCUACAAGUAAUUAUUUUUAUUGCAUCCAGCGAUAUUUCAAAAUGUCUGGGCCAUCUACAAAAAAAUUAAGAACUAGUCAUACUGAUUUGGUGAAACAAAUUGAAGAGCAAAGAAAUCAAACUGCAGAUUCUGUUAUGACAUUCAAAUUUAAUAAGAAAAGAGUACGAAUAUUAACAGACUCAGAUGAAGUGUCAUCAGAAAGUAAAGGAAUUGUUUACUGGAUGUUUCGAGAUGCAAGAGUCCAUGAUAACUGGGCCAUGUUGUUUGCUCAAAAAAUUGCCUUAAAAAAUAAAGUGCCCUUACACGUAUGCUUUUGUAUACUUCCGAAAUUUCUUGAUGCAACAAUACGGCAUUACAAAUUUUUGCUAGAAGCUUUAGAAGAAGUAGAAAAAGAUUGCAAAGAAUUAAACAUUAAUUUUCAUCUUUUACACGGAGAGCCUAAUACUGCAAUUAUUAAUUUUGUUGAGAAAUAUAAAAUGGGAGCUGUUAUUGCAGAUUUUUUCCCGUUAAGGUUGCCUUUGUUUUGGCUAGAAGAUAUAAAAAAGAAGCUUCCAAAGAAAAUUCCAUUAUGUCAAGUUGAUGCACAUAAUAUUGUUCCAUGUUGGGUUGCAUCUGAAAAAUUAGAGUAUGCAGCACGUACCAUUAGAAAUAAAAUAAACUCUAAGCUAGAUGAGUUUUUAACAGAAUUCCCACCUGUUAUAAAGCAUCCACAUACAUCUGACCAAAAGUUUGAUAAAAUCAAUUGGGAUACAGCAUUGGAUGAUGUGCUUGUCGAUAAAUCAGUUGAUAAAAUUACAUGGGCAAAAGCAGGAUACAAAGGUGGUAUAGCUGAGUUGGAUAAAUUUCUUAAAAUAAGGCUGAGAAUUUAUGAUGAAAAGAGAAAUAAUCCAAUUUUCAAUGCUUUGAGUAACUUAUCCCCUUGGUUUCAUUUUGGCAUGAUUUCUGUUCAAAGGUGUAUUUUAGAAGCGAAAAAAUAUAAAAGUCAGUACAAUAAGUCAGUUGAGGCUUUCAUGGAAGAAGCCAUAGUGCGCAGAGAACUUAGUGAUAAUUUUUGUUUCUAUAAUGAACACUAUGAUAGUCUUAAGGGAGCUUAUGACUGGGCCAGAGAAACUUUAAAUCAACACAGAAAUGAUAAAAGAGACUAUAUUUAUACAUUGAACGAAUUGGAAAAUGGAUUAACUCAUGAUGAUUUGUGGAAUGCAGCUGAAAUACAAUUAGUAAAGGAAGGAAAAAUCCACGGAUUUCUUAGAAUGUAUUGGGCUAAAAAAAUUUUAGAAUGGACUGAAACACCAGAUGAUGCCUUAAAGUGGUCAAUUUAUCUGAAUGAUAAGUAUAGUAUGGAUGGACGUGAUCCGAAUGGAUAUGUAGGCUGCAUGUGGUCAAUAUGUGGUGUACAUGAUCAAGGCUGGAGAGAAAGGCCUGUAUUUGGUAAAAUUCGUUACAUGAAUUAUAAGGGUUGUGAAAGAAAAUUUGAUGUGCAGGCAUUUGUAAUGAAAUAUGGAGCCAAAGUGCAACUCACGAAAGACGAAAAUAAAAGGAAAGGCAAGAAAAAAUAAUAGAAUAAGUCGAAGUUGAUUUAUUAGUCUCAGAAUUGUUUUGGCCAUGAUAUUCAGUAAAUACCAUUUCACAAAAGUGUACAAAUUUCAUUAAAAAAGUGUUUUUUUUAACUUAUUUAUAACUAUUUUUGUAUAAAAGUCAACAAUUGUAAAAAAUAAAAAAAGUAUAUCACUAUGUAGUAGAUCAAACAUAAAA